UCCAAUUUAUAGCUCUAAGACAACUAAAUCAGGAGAUUUUCACUCACAAAGUUUAAUGUAGCCAUUAUACACUGAUUCCUGAUGCAUUCUGCACAAACAAAUGCAGAUAGAUUUUUCCUGAGGAACAAAAUUCAUCCGAGUUGGAUUUGCUCUGUAUUUCUUCCAUCCUGACCCAAAACUUUAAUGAUUUUAACCCAAUGAGAGGUAUAUAGAAGAAAUUUUCAGCUAAUUCAAUUAGGAGCAUCUUGGCUUAUAAUCCUGCUUUAUAUUAAUCAAAUCGUAGCUUUUAGAGAUACCAGAAUGAACGCCCUUCCAUAUUUUAUUCAGUUUAGUACUAUCUUGACUAACUAAGGCUAUUUCUUGUUGCUAAAGCUCUGAUCAACUCUUACUUUAAGUCCCUUCCAAAUUAGGACUCUAAAGGCUAAGACCUGGAUGAAAUUUCAAGAGGGAACGAUUAUGGAGAUUUUGAACCUGGCAGAUCGGAAUGAAUGAAGCAAACACUCAGAUAUGGCAGAAAUCUAUGCCCAAAAUCCCUCCCCUAACACCCCUCCAAGAAAUAAGGCAUAUCUAUGGUUUAUCCAGUCUAUCCCAUCAGUGGUUAGAACCUCUGAUCAAACGAAGCUUAGAAUUUAACUGCAAAAAUUCGGUAUUCUCUCCAUUUGUACUGUCUUUAAACUUAAAAUAAUACGAUUUUAAGACUG